AUGGACGAAAACUUGAGAGCAGCUUAUGAAAGUCAAUCACAGCAACUACGCAUCGACUUGAAGACUUGGGAGACAGAAUGGGCAAAGACACACGAGGGCACGAAGCCAGGAAGAGAGGACAUCAAGGCCAACCAAGAUAUCGCCUUGAAAUAUAAACAGUACAACAAGGUUCGAGAUAUACUCUCGGGCAAAAUCCCACCUCCCUCAAAUGAACCCAGGAAGCGGAAACCCGAUACUCUACCAGCACAAACGCCCACCAAACGUACCAAAAACAUCCAGACUCCCUCCAAGAACCGUACACAAGACCACGAUGAGGAACUCAUGAACACUCCAGCCAUAUCGCGAAAACUAUUCAGUCCCGCGUCGGUAACCUCAGUCGGACCGACACCACAAAGAGAUGGUCGCGUGCUUGGCCUCUUUGACUUAUUAGUAGAGAAAGAGCUAGGAACACCGUCGAAACAAGAUUCUGCGGCCAGAUCAGGGUCUGCACGAAAGGUCAAUGCAACUCCGAGCAAACGAUCAGCUACCAUGGAUGACGAGGAGAACGAAAGGCUUGGCCGAACCCCUAUGUCAUCUAGUAAACGACAAAGGCUAAACCACUUCAUGACCCCGCUGAAGAAUAAGGAUGGAAACAAGGAUGCCGUUACGCCCUCUUCGGUCUCGAAACUCCUAUUCGAUACACCCGCCUUCUUGAAGCGCAAUACUCUACCGGUUCUUGACGAGAAUGGCGAUUUUGAUGCCCCAGCACCCUUACGGCUACCGCGCAAGCCUUUCACACGAGGUCUCAGUGAAAUUGUGGCGAGUCUUCGAAAGGUGGAAGAGGAGAACUUGGACGACGACUUGGAUGCAUUGCGUGAUGCUGAAGAAGAAGGAAUGGGUGAACCUAGGCCCAAGACGCUAUUCCCGUCUAAACCAAAGAAUGAUAUUCUGGUUGAGGACACCCAGACACGGCAAUUACCACUUGGUGGUUUCGAUGAUGAAGCCUUGUAUGACAGCCCAGUGGAGGAAGAUGGUAACCCGACUAGAGUGUAUAAGAAGAAGGGUCAGAAGCGAACUACAAGAAUGGUCAAGAUGCGGCCAACUCGGACCAAGCGACCGGAAAACAUGGGAGAGAACCUUCAGAGUGAUAUUGAGAACGAUGAAACGCAAGCUGGUGGUGAAGAUGCUGGAUCUGAUUUCGAGGGGGUAAAGGAGAAGAAGCCCACAAAGAAGAAGGAAGGCACUGUGAGGAAGGCCGCGCGAAAGGUCAAUGAGCUGGCCCACGCAAACUUCCAACGGCUGAAGCUUAGGAACCACGGAGCAAAGGGUGGUCCUGGAUUCAACAGUAGAUUCCGACGACGAAGAUGA